AUGGACAGCAUCAUCUUCGAGGAUCCUUCCAAACCUCGGAUACGCUCUAAGCAGCACGCUCGUGCAGCGCCGGUCAGCUUUUUUACCUCCUUAGGCCGAGAAUGCAUUCAAGAAGUCAAGCCACAGGCCGUGACGUCAGUUCCAAAACUUAAGCUACACGAACACUCUCACACAAGCGACAAAGAUCGUUCUAAUAAGCCCGAAUGA